GAAAAUUACUAUAUUAACCAGAAAAAGAAAGAAACUUUGUGGUACAGGUACGGUUACAGUACAGUUACACUGACAGAACCUAUCACGAGUUCUGUGAACGCCAAGCAAAGCGAAGCUCUUCCCACUUCAUGGCGUCUCUCCGGCUCGUGGCAGCACUGGCGCCCUCUCCCCCGCCCCCAUCUCGGCGGGAGCCUCCGCCGCCCGCGGCCCGCCUGGCGAGGGGCGUCGCCCUCGCGGCGGCCGCCGCCACCGUGGCCGCGGCCGCGGCCUCCCCGCCGGCGCUCGCGGCGCUGGCCGAGCCGGCGAACGCGCUGUCGCUGCCCACCUGGGCCGUCCACGUCUCCAGCGUCGCCGAGUGGGUGACGGCGAUGGCGUUGGUCUGGGAUUACGGGGAGCGCACGGGGCUGAAGGGCUGGAAGGGCCUCUCAUGGGGAAUGGUUCCACUUCUCGGUGGAGCGAUGUGCGCGUGCACCUGGCAUUUCUUCUACAAUUCAGAGUCUCUCGAGAUACUUGUGGCGAUUCAAGGUGCUCUAACGGUGAUCGGUAACAUAACAAUGUGCAUAGCCGCGUACCGCAUCUACAAAGGGUCGCAAGAAAGCACUAACAGCGACAGUCCAUAGCCUAUAUUUGAAUACCGUUCUUAAUUUGUAAUUCUGCUGCUCCUGAUUCGAAACCCCCGCAAAUGAUGGAUGCAAACAAGGUAGACGAAGAAAGCUACUCGGAGGCUCGCCAUAAAAAUGAUUACCGACAGGCUGAGAGAAACUUAAUUUUCCAUCUUCUAUAAGACUAUAAUACAAAUGCCAGUUCAAAAACAAAUCCACCCUGAAAUUUGUGUAAGAAGAAACUUACCAAGUCCUUGCAUUUGAAUGUCAUGCAAGCGUGCCAUGUCUGAUUCUGAGCACUGAAUGCUACUAGUAGCAGAUUAUCAUUCACCUGCGCAUACUUCAUCCAUUGUUCAAGGGAUCAAAUCGUUUAGAUGUGAAAUUCCUGCGAGCCAAAGAGGCCCUCAAAGUG